AUGGACGGUGGACACAGCCUCAGGAUGGACGUUACUGUACGAGAGCUCAUGGAGCUCUUUCUGCAGAGCACGCUGGUGGCGGGGGUGACCCGCCACCAGGAGACCCUGUUUAACUUGCAGAGGUUGGAGGUCCCAGACAUGGCCCUGGAGGAGCUGGAGUUUCUCUCCAGCAACAUGACCUGUCGCCUCAGGAGGCUCUUAAUUGAGCAAGACAGUUACAGGGAGCUGGUCGUGACCAUGACCCAGGAGUGGAACACCAGCAGCCGCCCCAGCGAGGACACGCAGCCCCUGGCCGUGGAGCUGGCGGACACCAAGGCCACGCUACGCCGAGUCAGGCAGGAGCUGGAGGAGAAGACGAAGCAGCUGGCGGACGCCAGGCAUCAGUUGUACCAGCUGGUGCUGGUGCUGCAGGAGGCCCGGCGCAAUUGUCUGGCCUUGCUCACCACAUCUCCGUAUGGAGACUUGGGCACCAUGACUCAGGUGCCGACUGGAGACGAAUAUUUUUCCAUGGACACCGAGGGCCAUCUCCAGGACCAUUGGAUUUGGUAUUGGAUUGAUAAGCUAUUCGAGCGGGAGGAGGAGAAUGUGCAGCUGAAAUCGAGGCUGCACCACCUACAAUUGGCCCGGGACACAGACCAGAAAUGCCUUGAGGAGCUGCGGGAAGAGAUCAUGGCCCUCAAGACUGCACAAGGGCAGAGUGUGGAGGAGUCCGCCCACCUGCACUGGGAGCUGGAGCAGCUGUCAGAACAUGAAGGGCCUGGCCACCUUGAGUCAGGCCGCGAAAUGCGAAGGAAGUGCUGCCAGUUUUCUCAGCUUCCAUUCAGCCAGUGCCAGGAGCUUCCAGAUGACAGCACGCUGAUGCCCAGGGGGGUCUUCGAUCUGUCGGGGGAGGAGUGGAAGCUCGGGAUGCAGGAGGCGUCCCCAGUGGUCACUCGCCUCCAUGAUAGUUGUACCCGGGGCAUGGUUUCCUCCGUUGAUUUCAUCAUCGGACAGAUGGCCUCCAGCUGCUUCCUGAAGCUGGACAAGGAGAAGCAGAGCCUCCAGGACACCAUCCAGGGGCUGCGCGACGCCUCCCUGGCCCUGCAGGAGAGCAGCCUCCAGCGCCGGGAGCUGGAGAAGGAGAACCAGCAGCUCAGAAAGCAGAUUGAAGACUGGCAAGUCCAGAUGGAAAGAGAAAAGCAGACCAGCCGGGAUCUGGCGGCUCUCUGUGAGGAGCUGGUGGAGGAGAGAGAACAGCUGCUCCGUGACAUCGAGACCCUGAAGGCUGAGGAAGCCCAGGAGUUCAAGGAUCUUAAACAACUGGUGCGUUCACUGCGGGAUAGUUCACAGACCAGCAGCAAGGCCCGCAUGAAGGGCCAGAAGACUGAGAAAAAAGUGCUCCUCCAGACGGUGAUGGACACCAAAAGGAAAGUGACCAUGAUGGAGUGGGAGCGGCGGCAGCUGUGCCGGGACCUGGAGCAGGUGAAGGCGCAGGCGGCGCAGGCACAGGAGCUGGAGCACAGGAAGGAGCUGCAUCGCCUGCAGGAGGAGAUCGAGAAGCUGGCCAUGGAGGUCAGCGCCCUGACGACAGCCCCCGAGAGGGUCCACGCCCUCGAGCGGGAGAGCCCGGACCUGUUGCUGGAGAACCAGAGGCUGCAGACGUCUCUGGACACCCUGCAGCCCGAGGGCCUGGAGCAGGACAAGCAGCUGGACACCAGGGUGGAAAAUUCCACUCUGAGCUCCCAGAGCGCCUCGCUCACUGCGCUCACAGAGCAGAACACGCAGCUCCAGCACCAGCAGCUGGCGGCAGCCCACAAGGCCCUGCAGCAGGAACACGCGUGCCUGGGCGCGCUCCACGAGCACCUGACUAGGGAGCACGAGGCCCUUCUGGACAAGUACCGCCGCCAGAAGACACUGCUGAGUCGGACCCUGAAGCUGGAGAGCAAGGCUCUCAGUGACAGAUACAAGGACCAGCUCCAACAUAAGGCGGCGCUGGAGCAGCUGGGGACGCUCUUGACCACCGAGCGGGAGGCUCUGCAGCAGGAGCAGAGGACGAGCACCAUGGCCGCCGAGGAGAACCAGAGGCUGCAGCGAGAGCUGGACAGGGCCAAUUCCCUGCACCAGCAGCUGAAAGGGGAGCAGGAGGAGCUGCAGACCCACACUAAGAAGCUGCAGACCUCCCUGAACAACACCCAGCUGCAGGUGAACUGCUGGCAGAACCAGUGCAACUGGCUGAGGGAGGAGCUUCAGAGCACGGACAUCUCGCUGACCGAGCUGGACAACCGCUGCCAGCUGGUCUCCCGCCUCAAGGGCAACUUGGAGGGAGAAAAACGUGACCUGCAGAGCCAAAUCCAAAGGCUGAAAGAGCAGAACCAGAGGCUUCUCCAGGAGGACGUGGAGGACAAGGACCAGCACCAGGAGGAGCAGCAGCUGUACGUAGACAAAUUCAAUGGCUUACAGAGACAAAAUGAAAAACUGGAAGAAAAAAGCAUGGCUCAGCACAAGUUCCAUGAUCCAGCGCCAAAGAAGAAAAAGCACUGGAUUGGAGCCAAAGUCUUAGUCAAACUCAUCAAACUAAAGAAAGGGGGAUCCAGAGAACGACCAAAGUCAACCCCACAGAGGCCUCCCUGGCCGCUGGGGUCCUCAGACCAGGCCUCGCCCAGUACUUCUCAGCCUCUUCAAUCACAGCUGGAACCCCUCGAGGCCACCCCAUGCUGCUCAAAGGUGACAGAAGAGCAAGACACCUGCAGGGGGCCCAGGGGAAAAGGCCCUGGGGACCCAAUACCAAAGGGAGUGGCCCCACACAGAGGCAGCCUUGACCGCACUCGAGGAGAUGCCUCCGCUGACCCAGCCACCAAGCCCUGGCCAUCAGAGCUGGGCUCCGGGGCCUGUUCAUCCUCAGCCAUCACUACAGCUCCUUCCAGCUCCACCUCCACCUCCCAGCACCCAGGCUGCACCCACGACACAGGUUCAGAACUCAGCUCCGCCUACAGCUGUGCGACUUUGGGAGGGCAACUCCGCCAUCUGGACGGCUGGGCCUGA